AUGCACUCGGGGAGGACGGCGCAUCCCGGGAUCGAGGGAAGUAGAUCCCACGGCUGUCCCCACCCUCGGAGCAAGGACCAGGACGGAGGGAAACGGAUCCCGGCCAGCUGCUCCCAACCCCGACGCUCGGGCAGUUCGGCCCUGAUCUCGCGUCCCAGGGGGCAGCGGCUCCGCCCAGCCCAUGAAUGCCGAGGGGCCGCGGGCGCGGCGGCCUCCCGGAAGCGGGGGGCUGGAUCCCGCGAAGAUCUGUUCUCCAAUAUCUGGCUCUGGCGAGCGGUGGCUGGAGUCCUUAGUGCUGCUGUCAUUUUAAUUUCGUGUGUUCAGUUUGUAAACCUUUCUUCAGCCAAAGAUUUUCCUGUCUGUCCUUCCCUGGAAGUCUGCCCAUCAGGUUGGCUGUAUUUCCAGAGGAAAUGCUACUACCUGUCGGAGAAUGAAGCCGACUGGAACUCCAGUCAGAGCCACUGCUCUUUGCACAAUGCUUCCCUCCUGGUGAUCAAGAAUCAUCAGGAACUGAGUUUUAUGAUGAAGAUAACAAAGCAAGACCCAUGGAUUGGACUCUAUAAAAGAAAUGAAGAGUUCUUUUGGGUGAAUGGAAAAGCAUUAGACAAUGAACUAAUUGAGGUAAAAGGCUCUGGAAACUGUGCCUAUCUUGAGUCAAAAGGAGUCUCAGCCUCUGGAUGUUAUUUAACCAGGAAGUGGGUCUGUAGCUUGACCAUUAACUCAGCGCGAUGAAGGUGGACGAAGCCACCCCCUGACAUUUUCACCUAUCUCUGAUGUGGUGUCUGCACAGGCUGUGUCAAUACUCUGCGACCUGGGAACAUGUCUCAGCUCCUGCCUAAAGGUUGGUUUGUUUUCCCAUCAGUGUCAUCUAUGGAGAGAGUCCAAAAACAGGAAAUUUUGGUUCUGAAAGGGAGUUUGGAGAAACUGUGAGCACAGUAGGUUAUAAUGAAAGCUCUUCUGUAAUCUGACUCUUAAGAGGUGCAGUUACCAUUCUCUUCUGUGAUGUUAAGAAACAAAGGGUCAAGCUAUAAACUCACUUUACUCAUAGUAGGGUCUGAUGAAGUACUUCAAUAGCCAUUUUUUUUCUUUUUAAAUCAGUGACUGCUUAAAAAGUAGGUAAGAGGUUCAGUGAGGCAAAAACGUGUGUAAUUACAUGAGCAAUAGCAAGAAUGCUUAAAUAGUAGAUGUUUCAUUGUCAUGGUUUGAGAUGGCCCCAAAAUCCAAUUCCCUAGCUCCAUACCCCUCCCACAUCUCAACCU